ACCUUUCUAAUGACAUUGAUAGCAUGUGUCGGUCAUUACAACAUCAUGUGGAUACCAAUAUUACCCUCAUGCUGACAAAGAACAAAUCAAAGCUAGCGUUCUAUCAAAAAUCAGUUCGACAAAGUCUGCUAGACCUAUUAGAUCCCACGAUUAAUUUAGACGUCUGUAUUUCCAUGGCUAAAGGACUCAUACCUGCAAAAUUAUCGACAUUGAUCGGCAAAAUCUUCCCACAAUCCAAA